AAUUGUAUCGGCUUGGUAACAAUUAUAAGUGGAGAGUUUCCAUUUGCGACUAGAAUGUACAAGAACACAAAAUGAACGAAAUGAACACAAUAUUGAUUGUUCUUCUGGCGACCACUGUGGCAACGUGCGAAGGAGCGACGUACAUGAAUUCCGAGCCUCACAAAUUGCCACGUGAGUGUAGGAACUAUGGCAAACCAAGACCUGCCUUAGAUGCACCAGUUUAUUCACUUGAAAAUGAAAAUUUGAGCUUUGAGAAAUGUGGACAAUGGGAUGGCGAUGGUGACAUGCCAUGGACUGUGAUUAUUGAUAUUAAACCUGAUUCCGAUGUUUGGAGUUCACAACCGAUGCCUAGCGAUGUGUUUAACCGUUAUUCUUAUGGUUUUCUGGUGACGAAGCAGACUAUGAUGGUUUUCUUCAAGGAAACGAACACUGGUAUGGAAAACUACCUGCUUUAUGCCGGCCCUUGCUCUUCUGGACCAAACAACGAGAGUUGUCUUUUAGGAAGAGGAUUACUAAAUCAAAGAGUGCUAUCGAGGAUGGGUGCAUUAGCAGGGGCUCAGGUGUGGAAAAUUGAAAAAGUCACGGUCACACAGAAUUUGAGACCUAUCUGCUUGUGGAAUCGAAACAAUAUUCAAGAUGCUGCUUUUGAAUCCUUUGUCUUCUCUCAAACAAACAGGACUCUAAAAAAGACAGAACUUUUGAAUAAUCAGCAAUGUUAUCUCAGCAAUAAAUUGAUAUCCCCUCAAGUUUGCAGCGAGAUGGAUUCACUGAUGUGUACCAAUUUUGAACAUUCAGGCAUAUUUCUAGUAAUGAAAGACGCGAAUCGAUAUUAUUUACGUGCAACCAGAUGGGGCAAUUUUUUACUCCCUGAAGAUCGGCUCGAUGAUAGAAUUCUCUGGGUUGAUAUUCUGGGGAACAUAAAACAAAUUGUUUCCGCCUCAACUGGAUUGUUUCUGAUACCCCCUACUCCAAAACUUGCAACGAAAAUAGACUUUGGUCCUGAGGAGAGCUACGCAGAUUGCGGAAAGAUCACUGGGAACAGAAGAAGAGGCCGCCAGAGACGAGACGAUUUGGUAUCCUCCUUCGUUCACCACGGCGAUAAUGCGCCAAUAGAGCAGAAUCCCUGGCACGCAAGCCUCACGGUCAAUUUGCCUGAUCCUCUUUACGAUGUCUGCGGUGGUACGCUGGUGUCCAAGAGAGUCGUGGUGACUGCCGCUCAUUGCCUGUACAGUCCAACUGGCACUCAAUAUGAAACGGAAUUGCUGGAAAUCGUCUUGGGAAUGUACGACGCAGCAGACAACGAAGAUAACGAGCGGCAGGUGGUGAAGGCCUCUUCCGUUGUAAUUCAUCAGGAUUACGAUCAUGGCAGAAACGAUUUUCAACACGACUUGGCCCUAAUAAUUCUGAAUGAAAACAGCAUACAAUUCACAGAUCGAGUGAAGCCAGCAUGCUUGUGGAACAGUGAUUACGAUUUUGAGAAAAUCGCUGGCAAAUCUGGAAAGGUUGCUGGCUUUGGCCUAACAGAGAACUAUUCACAGGCAAGAUUCCUGCAGAAGGCGUUUUUAAGAAUAGCACCACACAACGAAUGUUUCUCUUCCAACAAAAAGUUUUUUGCUGAGAAUUGGAAGCCAACUCUAAACUUCUGCGCUGGAUUCCCUGACAAUGGGACGAAUGUUUGCAAUGGGGACAGCGGCGGCGGACUGCUCAUCGUGGAUGACACUUCGGUAGAGAACAAGCGGUUCUACUUGCGAGGCAUUGUUAGUUUCGGUCCUAGUCAAAUUAAGACGGUUGAAAAUUCUAAAAAACGUAUAUGCAAUCCUUAUCAUUACGCAAUGUUUCUCGACAUCACUGGCUACAUGAGUUGGAUUGUUCAAAAUAGUCCAGAUAUUUCACCUCGUCGUUGAUGUAUCACUGAAAAUUUGCGCGUAUAAAAAUAAAAAUUGUUUAGUUACAAAAAAUUCAAAUCUUUCAUGUUUUAAAAAUAUUGUUCACUGCUGUGGACGGUAUUUCUUCUCAAAAAGCUGGACUUUGGGUCGUCUGCUGCACAGUUUCUCAUAAUCUUCAUAGUACCUAUUGUAACCGAGUAUGAGUUGCGAGAUUCAGGAAUUUGAAGCAACAUAUAUAUAUACAUUUUUGUUAAUGAAAAAAGGAGAUAUGUUGUUUUUAAAGCGUCAAUGCGUGUCUUAUAAU